AUGCUUAAAUGGGUAUCAUCGCUGAAGUUAAACAACAAGCAAUUGUUAGAAGUUGAGGAAACCCCAACUUCGGUAGGGUCGAAUAUUUCUCACUGCCCUCUGAACGAAGGCAUCGGAGACUGCACGCAAAGCAUAACCAUCUCGGAUUCCCGGGCAAACAUCCCCGUCCUACCAGCUCAGUAUGACGAUGCUAAGCUAUUCGCGGAUAACGACAAAUCAGCAAUUAAAAGACCUGUCUCUGGCAAGGGUGACUGCAUCAUAAUCCAGGGACUCUCCGAGUCCUCCGCUUACAUCCUCAAAGACCGACCCGCUGCUGACUUAGAGUUAUUCCAAGAGCUCCUCAACGAACUGUUGUAA